AUGGCUGAUCUCUGGGGAAACAACGGCCAGAUAGGCCAGUUUCCGCUCGAGCAAUGGUUCUACGAAAUGCCUCCCGUGACCCGAUGGUGGACUGUAGCCACCGUGGCGACCUCGGUGCUGGUACACUGUCACGUUGUGACGGAAUUCCAGCUGUUCUACAGCUUCCGUGCCGUGUACGCCAAAUCCCAGUACUGGCGCCUCCUCACGACUUUCCUCUACUUCGGGAAGCUCAAUCUCGACCUCAUCUUCCACGUCUUCUUUCUUCAGCGGUACUCGCGUCUGCUGGAGGAAUCGUCCGGCCGCUCGCCGGCGCAUUUCGCUUGGCUCAUUUUCUACGCAAUGACCUCGCUCCUCAUUAUCUCACCUUUCCUUUCCCUACCUUUCCUGGGAACCGCGCUGUCUUCGAGUCUGGUUUACAUUUGGGCGCGACGGAAUCCGGAGACCCGGUUGAGCUUCUUGGGAAUCUUGGUGUUUACGGCGCCUUACUUGCCGUGGGUGCUUAUGGCGUUCAGCUUGGUUGUGUACAAGACUGUACCGAAGGAUGAGAUUUUAGGUGUUGUGGUUGGCCAUGUGUGGUACUUCUUCAACGAUGUCUACCCGACUCUUCAUGGCGGCCAUCGUCCGCUUGAUCCGCCGAUGUGGUGGCGUCGGCUGUUUGAAAUUGCCGAUGGGCGUCCGAGGCCCACGGAUGCUAUUGAUGUCAACCAGGACUUUGCUGCGGCAGGUGCUGCACCAGAGGCUCGAUGA